AUCAAGGGCCGCACGUGUGUCCGCGCGCCGCGGCGGCGCUGCGUUCCCCAGACCUAGCGGUGAUCAGCUGAGACCAGGCGGACCCAAGCGCUGAGCCAGCAGUGGCUCCGAGGGGUCUUCCUCUCUACUGCCUGAGCUCCGGCCUUGGCCGGCCUGGGAGCUUCGCAGUUGGCCACACCGGCCCUUUACACGCCGAUGACUGUCCUUAUUCGAAGGAGGUUUUCGGUGGACGUUAGGGGACCUAGAGGGGCUCCUGGGAGGGCCCAACCCGCCCGUCCCCACAGUCCUGUCCUCGCUGAAAAGAGAUUGCGUCAGAGCCCCUGCAUCCCAGAUAGACUCUGACUUUUCAGGCGUCUGGGGCAGCCGAAAUAUCUCCGAGAGGCGACACAUUCAUCCGGAGAGCUACUGCUCUAACUAGAACUUCAGGGCAAAUGCUGGGGAAAUAGGCACAUCUUAGAGCUGCUGGGGGCAGUGGGAUUUUCUUGCUUUCAUGGGUUUGCGAGGGAGGCUUGGCCUAUUUGAUCCAAAGCCCUGUGGAGAGAGGUGAGGGAGGCGCAGCUUGAAGAGACAGCAAAAGCAUCCCAGGAGAGGGUGUGUAAAGGAAUCUGUCCUUCCUGAAAGGAGAAAAUGACCAAGUUCCAGUUGGGGAUUGCUAGAACAGUGACAUUUUGAGAUCCUGGCGUAUGUUAAUAAUUUUUUGAAUUUAAAAAAAGGACUUCACUCCAUCAGUACUUCCUGUUUUCUAUAUACCAGACAUCGUCCUUGAGUCUGCUGAAAGGAACCAGUAGCAUUCACGGAUGCCUCUGUGGACUUCACCAAGAAAGACUGGGGUUGCUGGACUCUGUUCAGAGGAAGCUGCACAGAGCUGUGAUGCUGGAGAAUUACCGCCCCUUUGUCUCAGCGAAGUCUUCUGUUCGCAGCAUGAUACUGGAGGGUGCCACCCUCAGCUGACGCUCCGUCCUUUUUUGCUGCAUGUGUAUUCAGCUUACAGGGGACAUCUCUGCUGAUUGGGCUUGGGAUGAAUCUAAUAAGAACCCAGCUGGAGACUUGAAUGAAACUUUUGUGGAAAAUGAAGAUAAAGUACUUACGUUAUCUGUUACCUCAGGAGCUUUCCUGCUGGCAAAUUUUGGACCAGGUGGCUUAGUACAGUAAGGAGGAGUCAGAAUUAAAUUGUGAAUAUUCAGAGGGAGGUGUAAGUAACCCUGAACUGGAUCUUUCUACUUGUCAGAAGUGGAGAAAAGUAUCUUCUCAUAUUUCCAGGAACCACAAGCAGUGUGGUGACUCUUCAGAGUGAUGAUUUAAAAAAACAUGGAAAGUGAAGAAUAUUCAUCUUUGAAAGUCCCAAUCCAAAUGGCCACCCAGUACUCCAGUAUUCCAACCUAUAAGAAUGAGCCCCAGGAUCCUCAGGAAAGCAAAAGUCUGUUUGUAACUGAAGAAAGCACUGAGAGGAAACUGACAGAGGGAAAAAGUCCUCCCAUUGAGCAUUGUUCAGAGAACCUUCAAGAUAAACUUGUGGCUGAUGUAAAAGAAGUGGUCUUGCCAUUGUUCAAAGGGGAGACAAUUUGCCAUAUUGGCCAGUUGAAAGAAUCCUUGGAGCCCUUUGACUAUAACCACAAAGACGUUUGCAGUUGGAAAUCCCAGGUGGCCAGUCAUCGUCAUCAGAGAGCUCAUACAGAGGAGAAGCCCUGUAGCCAUCAAGACUGUGGGAAGACAUGUACCACCAGCCCAGGUGGUCACCCUGGUGAGAAAAUCCGCCUUUCAGAGAAAGUGUACAGAUGUAGUCAGUGUGGUAGGGACUUCAGUGAGCGCUCAGAGCUAGUCCUUCAUCAGAGGGACCACACCGAAGAAAAGCCCUACAGAUGUGAUCAGUGCGGGAAGGGCUUCACAAGGAGCUCGAGUCUCCUCAUCCACCGUGAAGUCCACGCAGAUGAGAAGCCCUAUAAGUGCGAUAAGUGUGGGAAGGGCUUCACCAGGAGUUCAAGUCUGCUCAUUCAUCACUCAGUCCACACAGGUGAGAAGCCUUAUAAAUGCGACAAGUGCGGGAAGGGCUUUACUCAGAGCUCCAAACUGCACAUCCACCAGCGAGUGCACACCGGCGAGAAGCCCUACGAGUGUGGGGAGUGCGGUAUGAGCUUCAGUCAGCGCUCCAACCUGCACAUCCACCAGCGCAUCCACACAGGGGAGAGGCCCUACAAGUGUGGGGAGUGCGGAAAGGGCUUCAGUCAGAGUUCAAACCUUCACAUCCACCGCUGUUCACACACGGGGGAGAAGCCUUACCAGUGCUACGAGUGCGGGAAGGGCUUCAGCCAGAGCUCAGACCUCCGCAUCCACCUGCGAGUCCACACUGGGGAGAAGCCCUAUCACUGCGGCAAAUGUGGGAAGGGCUUCAGCCAGAGCUCCAAACUCCUCAUCCACCAGAGAGUCCACACUGGAGAGAAGCCCUACGAGUGCAACAAAUGUGGGAAGGGCUUCAGCCAGAGCUCCAACCUCCACAUCCACCAGCGGGUCCACAGGAAAGAUCCCCAUUAAAUGAGGUCUUCAAUCACAUGCUCUUACUCCAAAGACUUCAAUAUUUCUAACAUCACUCUUACUUUCACAUUCUCAGGAUAUAGUAAGAGUUAUUCAGAUAUGUUCCCUCACUGAAAGUCAUUCACUUAAGGUAUUUAAGUACCAAGCACUUUGUUAUGCUACACAGUGAAUUGAUUAUUCUUGUUGCUCAGAUGGGUAGAGUGAAAACGUCUGUACUUUGCCAUUCAGCCAGUGUUACUAGAGCUACAUAUCCUACCCAGCAUUUCUAAGUGCAAGAACCUUAUAUUUGUCUAAGCAGAACGUGUUUCCUUUGUUCACAGUCUCUGAGAAUCUGGAGCUUUGGCUUUCUCCUCAAAUCGUGUGCCUUGUGUUUUUCAUAUUUCCUUCCAGCCCUGAGUAGCCCUCUUUAAAUUGUGAUUGCACAGUAUGUUUUAAUAUUUGCUGUAACCCCCAAAAGUCAUUUGCUUUUGCAGCAUUGUUACUGAGCCAGACUUGGGUCUUCUUGGCCAAGCAGAGUAAAGCCAAUCUACUGACACUGGCUUGUAAAGAAAGGGCACCAUUUAUUGCAGGGCACCAAAGGAGUCAAGCAGCUAGUGCUCUUCAGACCCAAACUGAUGGCUUUCAGGGAAACAUAAGGUGAGGAACAGGGGACUGUGGGGUGCAUGAUCAGCUCAUGGACAUUCUUCUCAUUGGCUGAUGGUGAGGCAAUUCGGAGUCAACAUCAUCAACCUUCUGUUUCUAACCCGUGUGGGGUCUGCUUGCUUGUGGGCAGCAAAUAAUUAACCUCUUACAUCUGGUGGCAGUUUCAGUAUCUGCUAAACAGCUCAAAGGACAUGGCUCAGAAUAUUAUCUGUAUUCUGGAGGAAUUACAGGUCCUUGCUUCACUUAAUAGCUAAACUAUUAUUGUUUUGUUUUGCUUGACUUUUUCCCUUUCUGCAUUUUCUCUCUUCUCUGAUUAAAUUUACACUUUGGAACUUG